AUGGACCUUCUGUUGCUGGCAAGUCCAGCUUCAUCAACUCUGUGGAAAGUGCUUUACGAGGUGAAAUAUCUGAUCGAGCUAAAACAGAUGCAAUCUCUUACGGGAGCUUCACCACAGAAUACAAAGCAUACCAAAUCCAAAAAAGGAGGACCAGGGACAUAUUACCCUUUUGUCUUCAAUGACGUCAUCGAGAAGGAUGCAGAAAGAGGAGCUUGUGUAGAAGACGUCAAACUGGCCAUGAAGGGACACGUGAAGAAUGGUUACAAGUUCAAUCCUUUCUCUGCCUUGUCUGAGGAUAAACACGACUACAACAGUGACCCCUCUCUAAAUGACAGAGUUCAUGUUCUGGUUUGCAUCAUCUCCGCCAACACAGCACAAUUCCUGACUGGUGAUUUCGUGAAAAAACUGAGGGAAGUCAGACUUGCAGCCAGAAACAUGGGGAUUCCCGAAAUUGCUAUUCUCACCAAAAUUGAUGAAGCCUGUCCAGAGGUCGACAAGGAAAUACAGAACGUGUAUAAGAGCAAGUACCUGAAGAAAAAGAUUGAAGAGUUGAGUGCCGUGCUGGGUUUCCCACCAAGCUGCAUCUUUCCUGUGAAGAACUACCACUCAGAGAUCGAGACAAAUGAUGACACUAAUACACUGAUACUGAGCGCACUGAGACGGAUCAUUAAAUCUGGAGAAGAGUUUGUCAACCAUCUGUAAAACUACAUUCUGCUGAGGCAGAUCUUGUUGUUAUAACAACAUGUAACAAGUCUGUCUGGAAUGAUAAUUACAUAAAGUGGGCAAUCUAGCUUUAAGGUUUUCAUUUGCAGCCUGUAAUGCACCAUAUCUAUACCACUACAUUGCUGAGUAAAGUAUGAAAAGGCUUUCUUUCUCAUGUAUUUGAGUCUUUACAUUAUGAUGU